CCGUCAGCCGUAUCUCGUGUUGUUGUGAGAUAAACAGCCUCCGAUAUUUACUGUGACCGUGUGAUGGAUGUGAAUUGAACUAUGGAGGAGGAGUCUAUGUCCGGGCACAGCUGUUCCGAGGACGAUAUCAGUGUUGGGCGACCGUCACCGGCGCCGUCGCGGUCGCCGUCGCCACAAGAUUACUUCAGGCCGCUAAAACGAUUGAAGAUGGCUUCGGAGCCGGUCGAAGAGCGUCGUGGGGAAGGCGUGAAGAGUUUCUCUAUACUGGACAUUUUGUCGCAUAGUCCUCGAACGCCGCCGCGUAUAGUGCGUCCAUGGGAUGCUUCAGGGUUUGAGAGAUUGCAGCGGUUGCAGCGCUUAGCCGGUGCGGCACUGCUGGAUGGCGAACGUUGGAGAUUGGCAGCUCUUGGGCUGUUGAGGCCGAGGGAGAUGGCGCCGGCAGAAUGCUGUGACUCAGCGUCGGAAAGAUCGUCGUCGGCUUCUGAUUGCUGCUCGGAGCCAAGACGCGCUUCGCAGGCCGGCUCGAACGCUCCCCACACGCCACUGGACGCCCUGUUCCACAUGACCAGCAAAACUUUUGAAGCGAAUAAUCCUGACAACGGAGAUGGUCAGUCAAAUCAUUUGAACCUCUUCAACUCGAGGCCACAGCCGAAGAAGAAGCGAAAAUCACGAACAGCGUUUACAAACCACCAGAUAUUUGAGCUGGAAAAGCGAUUCCUCUAUCAAAAGUAUUUAUCGCCGGCGGAUAGAGACGAAAUAGCCAGCUCCCUAGGGCUAUCCAACGCCCAAGUCAUCACUUGGUUCCAAAACAGGCGAGCGAAGCUAAAACGCGACAUGGAAGAGCUGAAAAAAGAUGUCGAGAGUGCGAAAGUACUUUCAGCCCAUAAGAGUUUCCUAGAAAAUGUCACGGACUUGGGGAUUCUUAAGAAGAAAGCGAUGAGCAUAGGCGCUAGUGAGGAGGCUGCUACGAAUCUUGUAGUGAACGCGUCUAAAUGAAACGAGGCGGCGCGUGCUAUCGCGCCAGACGCCUACGAUCGUCGACUACUCGAUUACUAAAUCGAUACAGACUAUAUAAUCGAUAUUCGUAUAUGUGUUUCUUAAAGGACAUAGUGACGUUAGAUUUUACCUUCACUAAUCUAGUUAAAUGUACUUCACUAUUUAAUAAUGUAAAUAAAUUAAUUUGAUUGUACAAAAUGAUAUGCUUCGUUCGAAUAAAUGUGAUAGUUUAUAUUUAAGUACUUAAUGUUUUAUAGAUAUUAUAUUCCUAAAUUAUUUAUUGUAGGUUCUAUCGACUGGCAUUUAGUGAACUGCAAUGUCUUUUACUAAAUAUAAUAUAUGAAGGUUUUUUAUUCAGUGAAUAUUAUGAAAGAAUAUAUAAUAAUGUGCAAUAUAAAGAAAUAGAUUGUUAACUUUUUUGAUUGCCAGUGAUAAUACCUUGGUGUAAAUAUUAUUCAAUGUAUAGUUAUAAAAUAAUAAUAAUUGUAUUACGUAGUUAUUAGAAGAUGUGUAAACAGAGUUAUUAAAGCAUAUAGCUGAUAAUGUAAUUUUAAUUAGAGAGCUGGUAUAUGAAACACAUUUCAUUACACAAAAUCUACCGCCAUUUUUAUAGUAAUAUAUAUAAUUAAAAUUUUAUUUAAAUAUAUCUUAAUAUGUACUUAUUCAUAAAUAAAAUCAUUGAAUUAUUUAAAAAUCUAUAGUUUACACUUUCUAAAUAAAGACUGUUUCAUACGGCAUGUCUCAUGUGAAUGUCUCAUGUGAACAUAAAUGUCUCAUGUGAACAUAUUAAAUGGCUAGGUAAUGUCAAUAGAUUUAACUCAAUGAAUUUGAAAGCGUUUUAGUAACUUUUCAAAACAUA